CUGACAGUUGAGGAACGUGAAGUUGUGGAGAACGGGUUCCGAGCAGGCCUUAUUCGUGUGCUAGUGGCCACUUCCACGCUUAGUUCCGGUGUGAAUUUGCCGGCUCGUCGGGUCAUCAUUCGUACACCUUUGUUUCACGGCCAGAUAUUGGAUUAUUUAACUUAUAAACAAAUGGCCGGUCGCGCUGGUCGUAAAGGUGUUGACACAUCGGGUCAAAGUAUUUUGCUGUGCAAACCGCGUGACCUCCCCCGAGUUCGCCAAUUAAUUACUUCUGGUAUGUCAUCAGUCUCUUCCUGCCUGAUGAGUCACGGUGGCUCACCUGAAUCCAGCUUGCGACGCGCUCUGCUUGAGGUCAUAGCUAACGGUUUCAUAGAAACGGUGGCCGAUGCACGACUCUACUUAUCAAGCACUCUGAUGGCAGCAAGCCAACGUGCACAAUCCAGCACUCCUUCCACACGACGGCACAACAAUCGACGAAAAUCAUUGCGCCUGUCUCAAACGAAAGCCUUACCCAAAAGUCAGACAUUAUCUCAGGAGAAUAUUUCGCAAGAAGAGAGCGAUACUGAUCCUCUGUUGAUUGCCUGUUUAGCCCAACUUCAAGAUCAUGAACUGAUUUAUGUUAAUCGAACCAGGUGCACAGACGCAGACUGUCAAACAUGCCAACUAAAUGCAAAACUUCCAUCGGAUCAGUCGGAUCCAGUAAAAGCGUAUCCCGAUUGUGCUCGACUGCAACCUACAGCUUUGGGUAGGGCUGUACUUUCCUCAUCCUUGGGCCCCACACAUGGUCUUGUGGUGUUCGAAGAGAUGAACAAAGCACGACGUGCAAUCGCCUUGGAUACGGAACUCCAUUUAGUUUACCUGCUGACUCCAGUCUAUUUGGAUGUGGGCGCUGGGUUGGACUGGUUCCGUUACCUUGAACGGUACCAGUCAUUACCUCCAUCUGAUCGUCGUGUCGCUGAUCUGAUAGGUGUGGAGGAACGGUUUAUCACUCGCAUGGCAUCGGGGGCAUCUGGAGGCAUGCAGAAGCAUGGUGAGACCGGAAGUUCGCAUGCUCAGCGUUUAGCUCUACACCGCCGCUUUUACACCGCUUUGGCCCUUUAUGGAUUAGUACGUGAGGAUGGCCUGGGCACGGUUGCGGAACAAUUUGGCGUUAAUCGAGGCCUCUUACAAAGUUUACAACAGCAAGCAGCUACAUAUGCUGGAAUGGUUACCAUAUUCUGUAAUCGCCUUGGUUGGGUCCAUAUGGAACGUCUGCUCUCAAGCUUCCAAUCCCGAUUGUUUCACGGGGUAGCGGAAGAAUUGGUAGAUUUACUGCGCUUACAACCGGCUGUGAACGCUCAGCGCGCCCGCGCCUUGUAUUCCGGUGGUUACAGUUCUGUUUCAGCUCUUUCAACAGCUCGGGCUUGCGAUAUUGCUCGUCUACUACAGCGUGCUAUUCCGUUUGAACGAUCGGAGGUGUCUGUAUCUCAUCAGAGUGAGCGACGCACAAUCCAGUUGGAUGAUGGUUCUUAUGUGAAUGAAGUAGAAGCGGCUCCGAUCAUAAUUGAGAAGGCUAAAGAUCUCUUACGUUCGGAUCUGGCAUACGUGUAUGGUACCAACAUAGUCGUUGUUCCGAAGUCUUCUGAAUCAGUCCAAGAUACAUCACGGCGCCAAGAAACUAGUCCUGAUCCUAGCCAGAUUGUACCGAAGUCCCCAACAUCCCCCGUUGUGUCCAAAACUGAGAAUGAACCCUUUGUAAAGUGUAAUAUGAUUUCAGAGGAAAAUCUAUCUCGGAUGGAAUCCCAAUGUACAAAUCCAUCCGAAGAACCGUCAUUAAAUCAGUCAACUAAUUAUAACGAGGAAAGUCUCACAAAUGCGCCACCAAUUCACGUUCCUUGUGCUCUGUCUACCCCGGCGCCGUGCCUUACUAGCGAGCGGAAUUCCAACCUGAUUCACCUACCUCGUUCCGCACCCAGUAUCUCCCAGUCGAACUUCCAACACACUUCGUUCAAAAGACCAGCUACUCGUGAACUAAACAUUUCGCCUAAUCUGGAAACGCCGCCGGUCAAAAUGCGCAGCCUAUCGGUUGAUCAUGCAAGCACCUUAUUUUCUGAAGUGGAAGAGACGUUUGUUCUAACCAGUCAAAUUGCCGCUUUGCUGGACAACGUCCCUCCGAAUAUUCCAGAAACCGCGGGCUCGAACUCGGAAUUCAGUCAACUGCCAAACAAGUUGUCCAAUGAUGAUAACGAUGGCCAUACGGAUAUCACUAAAUUUGUACCUCUUUCUACUUUCGAUUAUGAAAUGAAUGAUACAUUGACUUUGUCUAUGCUGGAUAACGCUUGCAAUUCAUAUUCUGUUCAAUCUGAUAUUUGCCAGUCUGAUACUAGCACAGGCGAAACACUCCUACCUAUUCGCGAUCCUUUCUCUGCCAAGAAACAUGACAGAUCUGGAAGUAGGCUGAGUGAUCUAUUCGGCUCACCUCCGCCGCCAUCACCGGAUGAUGCGGAUUAUCUAAAACCACUCAGCCCAAUGCUUUCGUAA